AUGUGCCAAAACCGCUUGAACUCCCUGUCACUUCUGAUCAUUGUAUCAGACUUGUUUAGACAGCUUAAUUUUGAUGAAUUAGUGGAUGACUUCGCAACAAGGAGGAGUAGAAAAAAGACGCACAGACAUCGGUGCAGCGUGUGCGACAAGACUUUCCCUGAAAAAUCCAACCUGAGGAGGCAUUUGAAGAUCCAUGCCGUCGCCAGGGAGACCUUUGACUGUGAUGUCUGCAGCAAGAGCUUGACCACCAAAUCAUCGCUGGUCAGCCAUCAACAGCAACACCAGUACCCCAACAUAAUUUUGUACCAGCAGGGAGAGGCCAGGCUGCAGUGUACCGAGGCCCCAAAAUCUGCGGCAGAGGCCCUCAGCACCGCUGACCCCAGCACCGCUGUUGACCCUACAUGGCUGGAUCGCAAGACAGCAGAGAUGGCUGCCAAGAGAUCCGAGGGUGAGCUGUGGAACGGUCAGCUGGUCAUCGUGUUUCGGGAAGUACGCCGGUCAGACCUUCAGGGAGAGCGGAACGAGCUGCUGGAGUGGCAGGAGUGGCUGCUCGAGUACGCCAGAGAGUUCCCUCCUGUUACAUGGCACCUUGACCGGAGGUUGAAGAAAGCACAAUCAAAGAAAGACCGGGCUCCUUUGACCGUCCCCGACCUCUCUCAGCAGGACCCCAACUACGCCAGCGAUGCCGAGUUGUUGGCUGCUGCAGAGAGUGUCCUGGACGAGUCCAAGGCGUCGGGAAACCUCGCCAGCUCUGUGUGCAAGGACGACAGGCCCGGACCCUCGUCCCUCCGAGAGACCUCGGAACCCGGUGGCAUCGUGCUGGAGGGCUGGCAGAAGUUCUGGGAGCAGCCCCCUGAAUCCGCCCAAGCCCUUGGUAUAGCCCCCGCCAACAUCAAGUGGCUGAAGACCAAUGAGACCUUCGGGCUGUUCGAGAGGGCGUCCAAGUACAAAAAUGUCAGGGGAGAGAUGGCUGAGCGGAAGCUCUUUAAGGAGAAGAUGGAGUUCCAGUUGCCCCCACCUGCUUUGGCCGUCAAGGGAGCUGUGCCCGACCUGCUCCUCUUCUUCACCACCCCUGCCUUUUUCUGGCGCCCGGUUGGCGUGAUGAAGGCAUUGAUCCGUUGCCCUAACACCAACUGCCCCGCACCGCCAGAGUACUACCUGGAGAAGAAAGGGUAUGGCAGCUACGCGAGGCAGGUGUGCGGCAUGAAUUUUCAUUACACCCUGCUGACCGAGAGGUUGAUGUGCAAGCACUGUCUCCAGCUGAGAGAGGAGCUGAGCCAGGCACACAUGGACGACAGCGACGACAAAGAGGACAACGCCCACCGUACCCAGCAGCAGUACACCUGGCUGGCGUAA